GACAUCACGCGGUGGAACAAAACAGACGGUUUUGAUCAUCUCGCGGUGGGCCAGAACAGGAGUGUCGUGAGAGCAAUCUUUAAAACCCCCUUUCCCAUUCUUCAUUUUCUCAAUCCCAUGCGAACCCCCUCUCUCUCUCAGACAUGCCUGAAAAAAGGAAGAAGAUGAGGAUAAUCCGAACAGCGGCACCGUUAUUCUUCGUUAUCAUCUCAGCUUUCCUCGUCGCCUCUUUCUACCACAACGUCUUCCACGUCCAUCUCCGUCAUCUUUCUCCGUCAUCUCUCUCCCCCUCCAAAAACCAAAACCCUAACCUCGCCAUCCGAGAAGACCUCAUACGCGGACCCGACCCCUCCCCACUGCGGGCCCCACCCGACUCCAUCCUCUUCCACGACUGGGAAGUCCUCGUCGUCCUUCCCGAAAACCCCUUCCCCUCCUCCGCCUCCGCCCUGGGCCACACGUGCCUCUUCCAGGAUGGAGCCGCGUCACCCGCUCUCCCCGCCGGCGUCCUUCCACGUGGGGCCCGCGCCACCUUUAAGUGCCGGAUGCCCUUCAGCGUCCGCCGCCUCCGCCCGUUCUUCACGCCCGCCCUCACCCGCACGCCGGAGAUCUUACGCGCGACGCCGGCCUUCGUCGGGAAUUCGCCGGAAAUGCUCCGGUGGAGCUCGCUGGCGUACGAGUCCAUCUCGACCGAGGACGACGUCAUCGUCUUUGCCAAGGGCGUCAACGGUCGUCAGGGUGUCAACGUCCCGCCUUCUGCGCUUCGCUGCAUCUUCGGUAACGGCGUGACAACGGCCGUCACGAGCUCUGUCCAGGAAGUCUUCCGUUGCGGGAAGCCCGACCGUCCGAUCCCCGGUGACGAGGUCAAAAUCACCCUCGAAAUCAGGACCGAGAGCGUAGACCGCGCACACCCCUCCGUGGCGCUCUACGCACCCCGGCAGCGCACGUUAGCCGCAGAGGCAGAGCCCGCGCUAAUAUGCGCCUGCACGAUGAUGUACAACUCGGGGAAGUUCCUGAGGGAGUGGGUGAUGUAUCACGCGACGAUUGGAGUCGAGAGGUUUGUGUUGUACGAUAACGGCAGCGAUGAUGACAUGGCAGAUGUGGUUGAGAAGCUUCUAGAAGCCGGCUAUCACGUGACCACGAUCCUUUGGCCGUGGCCCAAGACGCAGGAGGCCGGUUUCUCGCACUGCGCUGUUUCGUACAGAGAUACAUGCAAGUGGAUGGCGUUCGUCGACGUGGACGAGUUCAUAUUCUCACCAUCAUGGACCAAUGCAUCACAGCCGUCAAAACACAUGCUCGAAUCCUUCUUACCCAAAAGCCCAUCAUCGUCAUCAUCACCAUCACCGUCCAUCGGCCAAAUAGCAUUGAAGUGCUUUGAAUUCGGGCCAUCCAACCGUCAGUCCCACCCGAAAGAAGGUGUCACGCAGGGUUACACGUGCCGCAGGCGGAUCGAGCAACGGCACAAGUCGAUCGUGCUGUUGGAUGCAAUCGACUCAUCCCUCGUGAACGUGGUCCACCACUUCAAGCUCAAGGACGGAUACCGGACACUGAGGCUGUCGAGGGAGGUAGCGGCGGUUAACCAUUACAAGUACCAGGCCUGGCUAGAGUUCAAGAAGAAGUUCCGGAGGCGGGUUUCUGCCUACGUUGUAGAUUGGCGGAAUCCCACGAACCUCGCAUCCAAGGACCGGACGCCUGGGUUAGGCAACAACCCCAUCGAGCCCGUAGGGUGGGCUGGAAAGUUCUGUGAGGUGAAUGAUAGCCGGUUGAGGGACGUGAACCGGCAGUGGUUCGGGUUGGAGUCGCCGACUGGGUACAAAUUGGCAUGGGAAGAUGGAUAAGGAGCGGUCGAAGGGGGUCGAGCCUUUUUGGGUUUUUGGUUUGGACCAGUGGGUCACGGUGGUCUGAUCUCAGCUUGACCGUUCAUGCAUGCAUUUAAAGAUUGAGGAACGUAAAAGUGGAGAAGCUAUGCGUCAUUGUUCGGUGUAUAAGCUUGCGUUACGAUCGUAUCAAUAAGGAAUGGACUGCGUUGAGGCACCCCCGAGAUGGGACUUUACUGCUUCAAGAUUAUUCUUUUGGGGAAUGGAUGGUCUGGAUGAAUUGGAAUAUGCUGAAGUCUGGUACUAUAUGUUUGACUAUUCCUCGUGUACAAAAUAGAACAAACGAAAGCAUUUAUAAGAAUAGUAAUAAAUGAUUUUUUUUUUUUUUGUAA